AUGCCUCCAGGAUAUUUAUCCGCCACAGAAUACCAAUUCAACAAAGAACAAGCCGAUGCCAUCGUACGAACCGCUUCCUACCACCGCAGGCCGUACUUCUCCUCCGUCAUCUGGUUCACACCUAGCGAACACGACGAUGUUCGUCCAUGGAUAGCAACACCCUUCCAACGGACUUCAAAUGCGGGACUCGGUUCACUCGACCAGCUACCGACCGAGCUCUUGCAUGACAUCUUGUUCCGUCUCGAUCUAUACUCCUUGCUCAAGCUUCGACAAACGAAUCUGAGAUCGAGACAGACGAUAGACUCACUGAAGAAGUACCAGGUGCUAGUCUCACAUGGACUAAACCUUUUCUGCGCCUUAUUACGAACACGAAUUGCCCUCCAAGUUUCUCUAUCCGACUUUUACGACGCUCUCUGCACCAAGGUCUGCAGCCUUUGCGGCGAAUUUGGUGGAUUUAUGUCUCUCUUGACCUGGAAACGAUGCUGCUUCGAUUGCCUCAGGGACGCUCCCGAGAUCCGAGUGCGAACUCUUGCCUCCGUCCGGAAACAGUUCCGCAUCAACAAAGCCGAAUUGGCCCAAAUGAAUUCGUUCAAGACCUUACCAGGAGAAUAUACGCUGGAUGACAAAGUGCUCAAAUCCCGCGUCACUGUCGUUUCCAUUCACCAGGCCAGUUUGAUUUGCAGGCAACCAUUACCUGUACGAGGUCAAAGCGAUUUUGAACGAAUAAUGAAAUAUAAUUUCAUGGGGUCGUGUGCGCUUCCAUAUUAUGAUAAAACAACUGGCGAUGUGGAAUAUGGAGUGUCAUGCGCUGGAUGUGAGCUUGCUCUUGGAAUAAGCAUCGCCCGCCUCGGACCCAACGAAUGGCUGGCCAAUGCUCGAGACAAAGUGUAUGCGCGAGAUGGCUUUUUGAAACAUUUCCAGUGGUGUGAACAAGCGCAGCUCUUGUGGAGAACGAGUGAUGAAGGCAGCAAAAGGCCACCCGAGCUACCAAUCAGGGCUUACAGAAUGGAGGACUUCCGAAGAUGCGGAUGGAAUAUACCUGCUGAUAUUUUAUAG